AUGGUAUCUUUUCGGCUAAAGACAACGACUGUCUGCCUCGUUCACGCGAAGGAGCUCGAUAAAACAGACAAGAAGUCAUACGACAACUCGACGAGAGCGAAGGCCUCUACCAUGGGAAUGGCCAAUGCAUUUAGCGAGAAGCCGAUGCCUAUCGAGAUUCAGCAAUAUCUUAUGGCUAAGAUUCUCUCCGAGAAUCCAGCGGCGUAUAACGACCAAAUCGGAAAGGAAACUUGUGGGGAUUCCAAGCAGAGCAGAGACGCCAACAAGAGCAUUUUCGCGAGUCUUCGUUCCCUUGCUCGAGAAAUGUAUUGGCUUGAUAUGACGCCCAUCGAGCGGGCUGAGAUCCAAGAUGCAGCCGGUGCCGCAGGAACAACUUCGGAAUUAGGAACUUGUCUCCAGGUUAUUCAGUCGAACUGGUUCCCGAAGUGGAACAAUGGUCAUUGGGAUGCUGAUCAUUUUCGCAAUUACUUGACAGAUCAAACAGCAGCAGAGAACGUCUGGGGUCUCAUUCAAGAGGAUAUCUUCAUUGUGGUCGACAAGAAUCUGCAAGUGGUGUUUGCGAAUAUCGAGAAACUUGCUGACCUACUCUUCGGUCACGACGUUGUGGAUCUCCUUGAACGAGCCAUAGACCUGUGGUCAUUCUAUAACCCGCUUCCAUUUCCUGAGACAAGCCGACAUGUUGUCGACAGGUAUGUCCGCCGUAUUCACCCCGAGUUGGACCCCUCAAAGGCGACCGUUGAGACACUGCCAAACGCAAAGAUGGCCGUAGCCCACUACGGGUGUUGGGCUCAUAAGGGUGACCCCCAAGGUCGGAACAUUUGGCCAACGAAGGAUUCCCUCAUUGGUCGCAUGGAUACUCGAGAGAUGUGCUUACGACUUUUUCCCCGGUUUGCCAAGGCUGUGUUCGGCAAGACAUCCUCGAUCAUCCGCUUCCUCGUCCAGCCACUGGAUGAAGGCUACUAUCGAGAAUGUCUUGAGGUAUUCGAAAAUUUGCCUAAUGAUGCCAGACUACCAGUUGGCGAAGAAAACUGGAUCAGCCUUUUUGCGCUUGGCAUCAAUGGCUACACUCAGCGUCACAGGGAUGUUGGCGAUAUCCAAGGAGGUCUCGCUGGGCUGUUCACGCUUGGGCGCUACAAAGGUAAGAGCCAAAGACCAGAAAAGUAA